GUUCUGGGGCUGCACGCAGAAAGGUCACUGCGUUUGAGAGACAGCUGGCGCAGUCCGUAGAGUUAAGGUUGAAAAAGUAUCAUGGCGUCUCUUCUCUUUAUGCUGCUGUCGUCGUCCUCUGUGGUUUAUCCAGUCACCUGUCUGUCCGCAGAGAUGAUGGAGUGGAGUGAUGCAGUGGUGGCGCAGGAGGGCACCUUGGUCACAUUAGUCUGUAUUGACGAGAACGCCACAGGAGCAGUGUCUGUGAACUGGAUGGUGAAGACUCUGGGGACAGAUCAAUGGAAGCUCGUGCUCACCGCCAGCGAAAGGAAGGAAUUCUCUGGCAGAGCCUCCAAGGAACAUAUGCACCUGACCGACCACAACUUCCAGGACUCUGGUUUUUCUCUGGGUCUCCGGCCGCAGAUGGAGGACGGGGGGCUGUACAUGUGUCUGGUCAAACGCAGACUAAAGGUUCUGAAAGAGCGAGUCAUUCUGCUGAUCGUCCUCCAAGUGACGUUGGCCCCUCCCUCCCCGGUCCCUCAGCUCAGCACCCUGCGUCUCAUCGCCAGCGUCCAGCCCGAGCUCGCCGUCACUAAAAUCACUUGGGCCGCACCGGGGGACCUUUCUAUGAGAACAGAGAAAGUCCCAAGGUUUGGAAUAAUAACCAAACUGCCCCAAGUCCAGAAUAGCGACGAAGGGGCCUACGUGUGCAUGGUGUUCCCCAAAGGAAACAGCUCCAACCCCUUCUACGCCUUCAAUGUGGACGUGGAUGUGGAUGCAGCAGACAGAGAGCCGCCCUUCGCCAGCGUCGUGCACGGUGAUGAGAUCUCCACAGCGGUCGAGGCCGAGUCCGUGUUCCUCCUGACCUGCCCCAAGCCUCCGGGAGACUUCGUGCUUUUGUACUGGAGACCGUCAGACACGCGUCAGAGCGCCACUAAGCUGGUGCAUCAGUUCGACCGCUGGAGGGGCUUCACUAGCACGGAGCACAAUAAGAGGCUCCAGCUGGCCGGACCCCCGUACAACGCUCAGGCCGGCAGCUUCUCCUACCUCCUCACGCCCACGCUCAAAGACGGAGGAAUGUACAUCUGUGACAUCUACUCCAAUGACAACAGAUACAGCCAGCGCACCGUGCUCACUGUCGUCAAAGUAAAAGCCCGGAGGUUGUCCACAGAGCUGGAGCUGGACUGCAGAUACUCGGAGCUGUCCCAGGUCCUCAGAGCCUCCUGGACUCACCCCAACCAGAGCGUGCACCUCCACAUGGACGGUAGCCCGGGCUCCAUCACCACCUCCGUCCCUUUACCUGUGCGGGCGGAGUCAGCCGGGAACUACACCUGUGAGGUCCUGCUCAAGAACAAACAGACUGUGAGAGCCACCUACCCCGUCAGCCUGCCCCCCACAACCAUCACAGGGGAAAGUGUCGAAGUCGCAGCCUCCUCCCUGCUCCCCUCUCUCUCCGCUUUGUUACUCAUGGUGCCCCUGGUUGCUCUGGUUGUCGGUGCGUUUCUAUGGAGACGGAGACACAUUGCAGAUCGUGGCAUUGAGCAGUCCCUCUCGGUGCGCUCGGGCGAAGCUGAAAACAUCUAUGAAAAUCCCGAGGACAUAAGACAGGCUCCUCCCCAGGGUUCGGUCUACAUGGAUCUGAAGCCACGAGGGGAGGACGAUGUCUAUAAGGAACUGGAGCGAUAUGAGCAGUGUCAGAGUCGAUGACCCUCCCACAGCUGAUCCUCCACCAGCUGUCACAAGCACUCAGGUCCCACAAGCACAAGAAGGCAACCGUAAACUAAAGAAAAGCAAAAUAAGGCUGUGUGCGCGAUUCACAUAUUUGCACUCAUAUCGCAUCAAAACUGGGACUCGAGAACUCAAAGUGGACUAGACUAAACCAGGACAAGAACUGGACCAAAAGACGUACAGUUGGAUUUAAACGAACUUUACUGGUCCACAAGAGAAAUGAUGACACAGGAGCUCACGCAUCGCAGUAUAAUAUAACAUAGAGCAAACUAAAACAGGACUAAACCAGGACUAAACCAGGAGUAAACCAGGACUAAACCAGGACUAAAGACAGGACAAAACCAGGAGUAAAUCAGGACUGAAAACAGACUAAACCAGGACUAAACCAGGAAUAAAUUAGGACUAAACCAGGACUAAACAGGGACUAAACCAGGACUAAACCAGGACUAAACCAGGACUAAACCAGGACUAAAGACAGGACAAAACCAGGAGUAAAUCAGGACUGAAAACAGACUAAACCAGGACUAAACCAGGAAUAAAUUAGGACUAAACCAGGACUAAACAGGGACUAAACCAGGAAUAAACUAGGACUAAACCAGGAAUAAAGCCAGGACUAAACCAGGACUAAUUCCAGACUAAACCAGAACUAAACCAGGAGUAAAUCAGGACUGAAAACAGACUAAACCAGGACUAAACAGGGACUUACCCAGGACUAAACAAGGAAUACAUCAGGACUAAACCAGGACUAAAUCAGGAAUAAAUUAGGACUAAACAAGACUAAACAGAGACAAAACCAGGAGUAAACCAGGACUAAACCAGGACUAAAGCCAGAACUAAACCAGGAGUAAAUCAGGACUGAAAACAGACUAAACCAGGACUAAACCAGGAAUAAAUUAGGACUAAACCAGGACUAAACCAGGACUAAAUAGGGACUAAACCAGGAAUAAACUAGGACUAAACCAGGAAUAAACCAGGAAUAAACUAGGACUAAACCAGGAAUAAACCAGGACUAAACCAGGACUAAACAAGGAUUAUACCAGGACUAAACCAGGACUAAAGCCAGGACUAAACCAGGACUAAUUCCAGACUAAACCAGAACUAAACCAGGAGUAAAUCAGGACUGAAAACAGACUAAACCAGGACUAAACAAGGAAUACAUCAGGACUAAACCAGGACUAAAGCCAGACUAAACCAGGAAUAAAUUAGGACUAAACAAGACUAAACAGAGACAAAACCAGCAAUAAACCAGGACUAAACCAGGACUAAUUCCAGACUAAACCAGGAAUAAAUCAGGACUGAAAACAGACUAAACCAGGACUAAACCAUUACUAAAUUAGGACUAAACCAAGACUAAAGCCAGCCUAAACCAGGACUAAAGCCAAUCUAAACCAGGACUAAAGCCAGACUAAACCUGGAAUAAAUCAGGACUGAAAACAGACUAAACCAGGACUAAACCAUUACUAAAUUAGGACUAAACCAAGACUAAAGUCAAUCUAAACCAGGAAUAAAGCAGGACUAAACCAAUAUUAUAGAAUGACAAAGAGCAAAAAUAUAACUGUACAUUCAAAGUAAGUAGCAAAAAUAACAAGAGACUAGUGUCAAAAGGCUUAAUUACAGUAUAUAAAUAUAUAUAUAUAUAUAUAUAUUUGAAGGUAAGUUUUUGUACAGUUGUAGGGAGUAUUAUACCAUGAAUGUAGUCCUGUAUCUUUCACUGUUUAAGCUUUUGGAUCCUGUUGGAGAAGUCCCUGUGUGGUCUGGUGCAGCUCGUGAGUUGUUGUACAGUUGUAGGGAGUAUUAUCUGUCCCUCUGUGGUCUGGUGCAGUGGGAGAGCAGGAGAAAGUGGGUGAGCAGUCUACAUUGGGACCAAAUCAGGACCAAACAAGGACAAGUGAACUCAGUCUUAAACUGCUGCGGAGCCCCCGGGUUCUGGAAGUAAAUUUCCACAUUCAUUUUUCUGAAAAUAAUAAUACUAAUAGCCUAUUAAAAGCUUGAAAGCUUGCUCAGGGCUGUGGUAACUGAUGACCGCAAUGCUUAUAAUUUUAUUGCUGUUUCUGAAACCUUAUAAACCUCGACGUUAUUAAAAGAUUUUGCAGAAUUUUGAUUUUUAGAUGUGCUUUUUGGAUUUAAAACAACCGCAUUAUAGAUAUUAGUGAAAAUGUAGCGGAUUAGCCUUUGCAAUGUCUUUAAACUCUUAGAUCUAUGUUAUAAUGUUGAAAUAACAAAAUAUUAUAACAUAGCCUAAAGCUCACAAGAGUCAGUUUUGUGUAAUACAUCUUAAUAUAAGAAUUUUUGAAAUAUCUAUAAGAAAAAAUUACAAUAUAAUAUAAGAAAUAUAAAUAUAAAUAUAAGAAAAUAUAUAAAUAAAUAUAAAUAUAAGAAAAAAAGGAAAAUUUACAUCCAGAACCAGAGCGGAUUUGGAAGUGCGUGGGACUUUUGAGUUCUCCAGAGACUGAAAGACCAAAAUAAUUACAACCAAAUCAGUGCUGCCUGCAUUUAAUUUCUUGAUAUGCAAUAUUGUGUUUUUUGAAUCCAUGAAUUCCAUUUAAAUCUGUGUACUACUAUAGCCUUCCUGUUCUAUCUAUGUUUUUAUUUUGAAUUCAACAAAAAUAUCAAUGCACACUUUAUACUGUUGUCUCAAAAGCUCAAUGCUAUUUAAUUUAGUCUAUAUUAUUAUUAUUAUGUAUAAGCCUAUCCUAUUCUGUGUUUUUUCUGUAUUAUUUAAUCUAAUUCUCUGCUGUAACACCCUUGUAUUGUAAUACUAUUUGCUGUUUUAUUAAAAUGUGCUCUAAAUAAAUCCGCUUGGUCCACUUUCAGAACUGAGCUUUAUAACUUAAGCCCUACAUUAGACCUGUAAUAGUUCAUAUAUCGACUUAUUAGUUUAGACCUGGCCGUACCUGGAAGGCCAAAUCUUUUCUUUGGUGGUACUGGUGUGAAAAGUUAUUGCAUUUUGAGCAUUCAUCUUUUGAUCAGCUUCGGGCAAGCAGUUAGGCCUAUUUUUUAAUAUAACUCUCCACCGUAAAAUCCUUUUA